GAGGGGAAGUUCCUCUAGUCAGUUGCGUCCGGGAGAGAUACCUGGCCGGGUCUUGGCCACGUCUUUCCCCCACGACUGCCUCCUGACCCCCGGCCCGAAAGAGAAAACCCCAAGUAGCUGCGGCCUAACUCGGCCGGCCCACUUCAGACCUUGGGGCAGGGAGACCCAGACACUGAGGAGAGGCCGGGAAAGGGAUUCAGGAGUGAUUCUGGCAGAGGGGGGUGGCAGGUCUGGGCACGUUGGAUGACCUGGGUGGUGCCAGGGGUCUCAGCUGCUGAGUCGGGCCCCGGGUCUUCCGGGAGGACUUCCUGCCCGAGGAGAUGGCUGAGGGAAAGAAGGGCAAAGCCCCAGGUGACAGCAGUGGCAGUCGUCCCACCUGGCUGCCCAAGCUGCUCCGGCAGAAGGCCAAGUGCACCCCUGUCAUCAUGGCGACACUGAGGGGUCCUGGGUCUGGGAAAUAUUCCCGGCUCCCCUGCACCGGAUACAUAGACCAUGACAUCACCAUGUUCAUGGAGCCCGCCUACACCUUCCAUAUCAUGCACUCGGGAAAAAGAUACUCCAAUCCCUGCAGUCCCGGACCUUGCUAUUACUUCAACCCCAAUCUCACCCGCUUCGGAAUGUCUCGCAGCCCACAGGUCUCCAUUUCCGAGCGCCUGCCGAACUUACGGACGGAGUCGACCCCGGAGCCGGCGACCUACCACCGGGAGCGAGUGCCCCCGCCCGGAGAGCGCCGUGCCCCGGCAUUCACCAUGGGGUGCCGGUGGCCCUACCGCAUGUCGGACCCCACUCCGGGCCCCGGCCAGUACUACCUGCCGCGGCCGCCCCCGAGGUGCGGGCCAGGCCCCACUAUGGGCUCCACCAGCAGCCUCUGGGCCUUCAACAGAGACCUGGUCCGGGGGCCCGGCCCAGCCGCCUAUUCCCGGCCAGAUGCUGACACCUUCCUUGCCCGCAGCCCCUGUCACAGCCUGGCCUCGCGCCUCCAGCCGCUCAAGGGCUCGGACUGCGGGCCCGGCCCGGGGGCCCACGACGUGCAGCGGGUGACCGUCCACAAGCCCCGGGCCCCCGCCUGCACCCUGCAUAUCAGGCACUCCGACUACCUCACCCCUCUGGUCAUUGAUGUGAAGGACUGACCCCUAUUCUUGUCCCUCCUGCCCAAGCCCAGGUGCCCCGGGUAAGCAGGGAGCACUUGCGGAGGCCUUGGGGAAGGAGGGGGCUUCCUUCGCAGGGAUUUGGGAGCCGCUUCAGGGCUUCCCAGGACUCAGAGUGCCAGGUGUCUGGAGGCAGCACCCUUCUGUGGACAGCUGUCCUCUCUCCACCCAUGUCCUUCCCCGCUCUGAUAAGCCUCAUCCUCCACUGUCCUCCAUCCCACCAAAUUUUAUCUUAACGAAUUAAAAGAC